AUGCGCGGGAGUAGCGGUGCGCAACUAUGGAUGCUCGCCCUCUCUCUCACCUGCUGCCACUCUCUCUCACCUGCUGCCCCUCUCUCUCACCUGCUGCCACUCUCUCUCACCUGCUGCCCCUCUCUCUCACCUGCUGCCCCUCUCUCUCACCUGCUGCCACUCUCUCUCACCUGCUGCCCCUCUCUCUCACCUGCUGCCCCUCUCUCUCACCUGCUGCCACUCUCUCUCACCUGCUGCCCCUCUCUCUCACCUGCUGCCACUCUCUCUCACCUGCUGCCCCUCUCUCUCACCUGCUGCCACUCUCUCUCACCUGCUGCCCCUCUCUCUCACCUGCUGCCCCUCUCUCUCACCUGCUGCCACUCUCUCUCACCUGCUGCCACUCUCUCUCACCUGCUGCCCCUCUCUCUCACCUGCUGCCCCUCUCUCUCACCUGCUGCCCCUCUCUCUCACCUGCUGCCACUCUCUCUCACCUGCUGCCCCUCUCUCUCACCUGCUGCCCCUCUCUCUCACCUGCUGCCACUCUCUCUCACCUGCUGCCCCUCUCUCUCACCUGCUGCCCCUCUCUCUCACUUGCUGCCACUCUCUCUCACCUGCUGCCCCUCUCUCUCACCUGCUGCCACUCUCUCUCACCUGCUGCCCCUCUCUCUCACCUGCUGCCCCUCUCUCUCACCUGCUGCCCCUCUCUCUCACCUGCUGCCACUCUCUCUCACCUGCUGCCCCUCUCUCUCACCUGCUGCCCCUCUCUCUCACCUGCUGCCACUCUCUCUCACCUGCUGCCCCUCUCUCUCACCUGCUGCCACUCUCUCUCACCUGCUGCCCCUCUCUCACCUGCUGCCACUCUCUCUCACCUGCUGCCCCUCUCUCUCACCUGCUGCCACUCUCUCUCACCUGCUGCCCCUCUCUCUCACCUGCUGCCCCUCUCUCUCACCUGCUGCCCCUCUCUCUCACCUGCUGCCCCUCUCUCUCACCUGCUGCCCCUCUCUCACCUGCUGCCCCUCUCUCACCUGCUGCCCCUCUCUCUCACCUGCUGCCCCUCUCUCUCACCUGCUGCCCCUCUCUCUCACCUGCUGCCCCUCUCUCUCACCUGCUGCCCCUCUCGCUCACCUGCUGUCCCUCUCGCUCACCUGCUGUCCCUCUCGCUCACCUGCUGUCCCUCUCGCUCACCUGCCACCCCUCUCGCUCACCUGCUGUCCCUCUCGCUCACCUGCCACCCCUCUCUCUCACCUGCUGUCCCUCUCGCUCACCUGCCACCCCUCUCGCUCACCUGCCACCCCUCUCGCUCACCUGUUGCCCCUCCACGCUGCUGAUCCCCACACCAAUGUCCGCCUCAUGAAUCAUGCCCACAUCGUUCAUCGCUUUCACCUGCUCCCCCUCUCUCACACCCUUUCUCUCGCCCUCUCUCUCUCUCACCUGAUUCCCCUCUCUCUCACCUACUCGCUCACACACUUUCUCUCAUCUGCAAGCCCUCUCUCUCUCACCUGCUUCCCCUCUCUCUCACCUACUCGCUCACACACUUUCUCUCAUCUGCUCGCCCUCUCUCUCUCACCUGCUGUCCCUCCACGCCACUGA